CACAAAGACAACACAUGGAUUUCCCCCACUUUCCUUCAUUUGCAUCUCUCAGAGUUCUUCUGUUUUGUUUCUGCGUUAUGACAUUGUUUCCUGAGUUUGUAGUGAGCAUAACAAGGCACUACACCUUUAACGUCGAGUACCUGAACGUCACUAGAUUGUGCCACACAAGGAAUAUUCUGAGUGUGAAUGGAAAAUUCCCAGGACCUCGCUUGGUGGCAAGGGAAGGCGAUAGGGUUGUGGUUAAGGUGGUCAACCAUGUCUCAAACAAUGUAACCAUUCAUUGGCAUGGCAUCCGUCAAAUGACAACUGGGUGGGCUGAUGGACCAGCAUAUGUGACACAGUGUCCUAUACAAACCAACCAGUCAUACACAUACAACUUCACCAUCGUUGGGCAGAGAGGGACUCUGCUUUGGCAUGCUCACAUAUCAUGGCUAAGAGCAACCAUUUAUGGACCCAUCAUCAUCCUCCCCAAGCAGAACGAGUCUUAUCCAUUCGAGAAGCCACACAAAGAAAUCCCCAUUCUUUUUGGGGAAUGGUUUAAUGUUGACCCAGAAGCUGUUAUAAGUCAAGCCUUGCAGACAGGAGGGGGACCCAAUGUUUCAGAUGCAUACACCAUUAAUGGACUUCCCGGGCCUUUGUAUAAUUGUUCUUCUAAAGAUACAUACACACUAAAGGUGAAGCCAGGCAAGACAUAUCUGCUAAGACUAAUCAAUGCUGCACUCAACGAAGAGCUUUUCUUCAGCAUAGCUAACCACACCCUAACUGUGGUUGAAGCGGAUGCCAAAUACACCAAACCAUUUGACACAGACACACUCCUCAUAGCCCCUGGCCAAACCACAAACGUGUUUCUCAAAACCAAGCCAUAUUUUCCCAAUGCCACAUUCCAAAUGGCUGCUAGGCCUUAUUUCACAGGCCGUGGCACCUUUGACAACUCCACAACCGCAGGUACCCUCAUCUACAAGCAACAUUCCAAUGUCAAAAAUCUCACCCUUCUCAAACCAACUUUGCCACCAAUAAACGCCACAAGCUUUGUGGCAAACUUCACUGCAAAAUUCAGAAGCUUGGCAAGUGCUAAAUUCCCUGUCAAGGUACCUCAAAAAGUGGACAGAAAAUUUUUCUUCACUGUGGGGCUAGGGACUAAUCCUUGCCCCAAAAACACAACAUGCCAAGGGCCAAGUAAUAACACCAAAUUUGCAGCCUCAGUGAACAACAUUUCUUUUGCACUUCCAUCAUCUGUUUCCAUCAUGCAGGCAUACUAUUCUAGCCAGGCCAAUGGGGUUUUCAAGACUGAUUUUCCUGCCACCCCUUUGAACCCUUUCAACUACACAGGAACACCUCCAAACAACACAAUGGUCACCAAUGACACAAAGCUGGUGGUGCUCAAGUUUAACACCAGUGUGGAGUUGGUGCUGCAGGACACUAGUAUUCUUGGGGCUGAGAGCCAUCCCUUGCAUCUUCAUGGUUAUGACUUCUUUGUUGUGGGGCAAGGGUUUGGAAACUAUGAUCCCAACAAUGACCCUGCAAGGUUUAAUCUGAUUGACCCUGUUGAGAGGAACACUGCUGGUGUUCCUGCUGGUGGUUGGAUUGCUAUUCGAUUCUUUGCAGACAACCCAGGGGUGUGGUUCAUGCACUGUCACUUGGACCUCCACACAAGUUGGGGAUUGAGAAUGGCAUGGCUAGUACUAGAUGGACCUGAGCCCAACCAGAAGCUUCAACCACCCCCUUCUGAUCUUCCAAAAUGUUGACUUUGACUAACCCUUUUGGGUCCGAAUACAUUGGCUAUGCAUCAUUUCCUCCUGAGUUACUCUCCAAUGUUUUUUGUUCCUUUUGUUUUCAACAACAAAUGUGAAAUUCUUUUGACGUGUUAAGGGAAAACGAAUAAGUUGUGGCUCGAUCGAGUCACAUGGGGUUUGUAAUGGUAAAAUGGUUUGGUUAAUUGUCUUGAUGUUGUUGUCAUGUUUGGUUGGUUGGUUUGGAAUGAGCAGUCACAGGGUUUCGCCGUCUGAUAGAAUAUUCAAAGCAAUAGUUGGCAACUAAAAUUUGAUCAAUUCAUCUCAUUAUAUGGUCCUUUGAUCAUUGUUUUGCUUCUA